AUGGAGCAAGCCAACUUCUACGAGGUCGAUUCCCGGCCCCCGAUGAGCAGCGGCCAGCACCACCAGCUCCAGACUCCCCUGCCCGGCAGCGCCUACAGUUACAGAGAGACUACCUCGGCGGCGGCACCUGCUGCGGGCGGCGCGGAGCUCGGCGACAUCUGCGAGAACGAGAACUCCAUCGAUAUAAGCGCCUACAUCGACCCCGCCGCCUUCAACGACGAGUUCCUGGCCGACCUCUUCCAGCACAGCAAGCAGCAGGAGAAAGCCAAGGCCAUCCUGGCCGGGGAUUUCGACUUCCACAGCAUGCAUGGAGCCGGCGCCGCCGCCUCGGCGCCGGGGCACCAGCAGCAGCACCACCAGCAGCCGCUCUUUGGCUGCGUGGCCGGCUACGUGGACGGCAAGCUCGACCCCCUGUACGAGCGCAUCGCUGCGCCUGGCCUGCGGCCGCUGGUGAUUAAGCAGGAGCCCCGCGAGGAGGAGGAGGUGAAGGCGGCGGCCCUGUCAGCCUUGUACCCCCACCACGCCCCACAGCAGCACCCGUCCCACCUGCAGUACCAGAUCGCCCACUGCGCCCAGACCACCAUGCACCUCCAGCCCGGGCACCCCACACCGCCCCCCACGCCCGUGCCCAGCCCUCACCACCCGCACCACCCGCACCCCCCCGGCGGCCUGGCCGCCGCCGGCGCCCUCAAGAUGAUGCCUGCGGACCACCGGAGCAAAUCGAAAAAGACAGUGGAUAAGAACAGCAACGAGUAUCGGGUGCGCCGGGAGCGCAACAACAUCGCGGUGCGCAAGAGCCGGGACAAGGCCAAGCAGCGCAACGUGGAGACGCAGCAGAAAGUGCUGGAGCUCACCACCGACAACGAGCGGCUGCGCAAGCGGGUGGAGCAGCUCACCCGGGAGCUGGAGACUCUGCGGGGCAUCUUUAGGCAGCUGCCCGAGAGCUCCUUGGUGAAGGCCAUGGGCAGCUGCGCCUAG